CCUCCUUGCUUCUGGGGUCUUGGCCUUGCUCCUGCUGUGUGGGAAAAGAAUCUAGGCCCUUCCACGCAUGUAUGGGUGUGGGUGCCCUGAAGUUCUUGUGGUUCUGUGCUAGGUCUCUGGGAGGGGGCAUGAACUGGAGCCAUGGAUGGGACUGCCAGCACCCGCAGGAUCACCUUCGAGGCAGAUGAGAAUGAGAACAUCACCGUGGUGAAGGACAUCCGGGUUUUGAAAAAUGUGAUUGAUGGAAUGAAGAAAUCCUCUCCAUCUGGCUCGAAGUCUCAGCAGUAUUCUGGUGCUUAUGGUGCCUCAGUUUCUGAUGAAGAAUGGAAAAGAAGAGUAGCUGAGGAGCUGGCAUUGGAGCAAGCCAAGAAAGUGUCCGAAGAUCAGAAACGACUAAAGCAAGCCAAAGAGCUGGACCAAGAGAGGGUUGCUGCCAAUGAGCAGUUAACCAGAGCCAUCCUUCGGGAGAGGGUAUCAAGCGAGGAGGAACGCACUAAGGCAAAGCACCUGGCUAGGCAGCUGGAAGAGAAAGACCAAGUACUCAAGAAGCAGGAUGCGUUCUACAAAGAGCAGCUGGCUAGACUGAGGGAGAGGAGCUCCGAGUUCUACAAAGUCACCACUGAACCUUAUCAGAAAGCUGCUGAAGAGGUGGAAGCAAAGUUCAAGCGAUAUGAGUCUCAUCCAGUCUGUGCUGAUCUGCAGGCCAAAAUUCUUCAGUGUUACUGUGAGAACACCCACCAGACCCCCAAAUGCUCCGCUCUGGCCAGCCAGUAUAGGCACUGUGUCAAUCAUGCCAAGCGAGCAUGCUUGAGAAGGAAGGAUCAAAACUUGGAACAAGCAAAACACUGUCAACAUUAAUUCCAGAGAUGGAACAUUUUUUUUUUGUCCUAGUAAGAAAACAGCCCCUUUGAAGAGAAGACCACUAAUGAGAAGACCACUAAAGAGAGACACCAGAGAAUGGAUUCAACAGAAUCAUACUGCGUUUUGAACAGCAGCACUUUGAAGGGCCAAAGCCUUGACCAGGGAUCAGUCAUUAAAGAACACCCUUCAGUAGUAGUAAACCCUCUUAUGAUGAUUGAAAGAGAAGGGCAGCCUGCUC